AUGGGGAUCGUGAUUCUCGUUUGUGUACUGAUUUUUACUUUUACUGACUGUCUAUGCACCGAAGAUCAGUCACAUGUCGAUGGCGAAAAGACAUCGUCAUCCGACGACAUUCAAAUCGUUGAAGAUGUCCAACCCAAACCGCGUAUCCGUAGUCUAGCCUUUUUGAAACGUAAAUACCAAAGGAAGGACACUUGGUCAACCGACACAGUCCUCUGCAUGUUUUGUGGCUUAGCACGUCUUGGGAAAAGAUUAAAGGAAACUCCAACAGAUCCGAUACAGAAGAAGAUUUUUUUCUCGUGCCUGGUCAUGGAUAAAAUUCCAGCCGCAGAAGCCGUUCGUCUUUUCGAAGAGAAAUAUUCCGGAGAUGGACGUGUUUGUGCAUAUCACUAUGCACAAGCAAAUGAAGAUUUGUCUGCGGACGAUAUAAUAAAAUUCUACAAAUAUUGCCGAUCACUUUUCUACCCCAGUACCAACUCUGAUAGUGAGGUUCCAGAAGCGUCACCUCCGGAAUCACCGGCAUCUGUCAGUGAAGAUGAGGAGGAAGUUGAGGAAGUAGAGGAAGUUGAAGAAGCACGGCGGAUGACGAACCAUUAUUUUUGGAUGAACUCCAGCUCCAAAAUGGCGUGUGAGGAAGAAAGAAUACCAUUAAAAAUAGUGAAAGAUGAUGAUGCUGUUGAAGUCGCUGUCGAUAGUAGCAGCAAAGGUAGCAUCAAGGGAACCAGGAAGAGGCGUAUAGCAGCAGAUGACAACUGUGCAGAAGCCAAACCUGAAUCGGAUGAAAGAUUACCAGACGAAGACAACCAUUCUUCCUCAUCUGUGGAACAAAUUGACGAGCACAGUGGUGAACAGUCACCUGAUGAUAGCAAGCUCAGACGACGAAGCUCGAAGGACGGAGUUAGGAGAGCAAUGAUGAAGGCAAAUCCAAACAAAAAGUUCAAAGAUUUAGUAAAAGAACUCUUUGCAAAUCCUCCGGCGCCGAGAAAACGGGAAAGGUCCUCUCAGAAAAGCUCGGAAACUCUAGAGAAUUACAUUCGCAAAGAAGAUCAACUUUGCAACCGCCUUGAGAUUUGUUCAUCGCUGUAUUUGAGAAACAGAAGACGUGAAUUCCUGGAUCGAAUAAUAGUUUAUGAGGAGAAAUGGAUUGUAUACGACUACACGUAUCGCAAUGUCGGCCGACUAUCGAAAAAAUCUGACCCACAAGAGAAAGCGGAGCCAUCCGAUAUCUCGACGAAAAGAAGAUCAAUGCUGACGGUGUGGUGGUCAUCCUACGGUGUCAUACUCCACAAAGUUCUGUCGAGCAGUCCCUCUAAAGAAGGCAGGACUUUUACAUCGUAUAUACGCGAAAUGAACAAAUGUUUACUCGAACAACAACCAUGGCUUGUUCAAGGACCGGCUCCGAUCUUUUUCUACGACAGCUCUUGCGGAUACAUAAGAAGGAUUGGCGGAGCUUCCAACUCGUUGGAAAAAUUGUAUUAA